CUUACCCAACGCUACGAGCAUGGUCGCGCUGCGCAUGCUCCUGAGCGCGAUGGCCGUCGCGUCCGCAGGCGCCGCUACGCAUGGCCUAGUUGGCGGCUGGUCGCAAACCUCCAUUGAAGACGCCAAGCCCGCGCUGUACGGCGCCUUCCAGAACGCGAGCUCGGCGUUCGUGUGCGUCACGGGCAUCUCGUCGGUCCAAAAGCAGGUGGUCGCUGGCAUCAAGUACAAGUUCCACGUCGUGGGCUGCCCCGUGAACAACAAGGCGAAGACGCUCGAGUCGUGCCCGGCCACGUUCUGCCCGCCGACCGAUAAGGAUCAGAUCAAUUACGCGAUCGACGUCUUUGCACCGCUCGGCUCGAACGCGUUUGAGCUCAAGGCCGUCGCGAUGGAAGACGCGCCGCCCGAGGUGCUUGUCGGCGGCUGGAAGGAAGGCGACAUUGAGGAUGCGGCCGACGACCUCUACAAUGGCCUCUCGCAAGAAACGUCGUACAAGAACAGCAACACGGCGCAUGUCUGCGUCACGUCGAUCGAGCACGUCCACCAGCAGGUCGUCUCGGGCAUGAACUACCGCUUCGACGUGCUUGGCUGCCAAGUGCCCAACGCGGUCGCGGCCACGCGCGGCUGCAGCUGUGCGUCGUCGAUGCCGUUUAAGAUUGGUCUCUACGCGCAGUCGUGGACACAUACGUACGAGGUGCUUUCGGUCGAGUCAGCAGCCCCGCUUGCUGGCAGCUGGAAGCACGCCGAGAUGAACAGCGAAGCCAAAGACGACUUUUACAAUGCGCUGACCAACGACACGUCGCACGCCCACGUCUGCGUUUCGUCGUUCUUGGCGGUCGCGACCCAAGUCGUCGCCGGCACUACGUACCGCUUCAACGUUGAAGGCUGCGCCGUGGCCUCGGCGCUGAGCACGGGCCCGACCUGCACGUGCGCCCCAAACGCGCUCAAGACGUACCUGAUUUCCAUCUUUGUGCAGCCCUGGACGCAUACGUACGAGGUGAUCCAUGUCUACGAGGAGUCGCAGCUCCUUCAGCUCGUGACGCAGUGGAUCAGCGCCAACGACCGCAACCAGUUUGGUGACGCCAAGGACACGUCGUACCUCGGUGGCACGCCGCUCAUGAACGAGCUCACGGGCGAAAGCAUGACGCUGCUCGAGUAUGUGACCCAGCAGCACCCCGACUUGCCCUGGCUCGCCGACAAGCAGGUGGUGUCGCUCCGCCUCAACCACAAUGGUGUCUCGUCCGUCGAUGCGGCCGCCAAGCCGCUCGCCGUCAUUGGCCUCAUCGUGAGCUGCGUGCUCGUGGUCUCGCUCGUCGUGCUGCACAAGCACUCACGGCAGCGCACCAAGACGUACGAACAGCUGCAGACGGAACACUAAGCCGCCCUAACCCGCUUUCAACCCUAACCCCUGUUACAUGUCCUUUUUUGUUAGCAU